GUCAUAUUUACGCGUCGGUGUUUUUGUUGAAGUCGGCACACAGCACCAUUUGAGUUUGCGGUUGCCACCAUGGUGGUGUUUCCAAGUUCACUGACGGAGGAAGAGGAGGCCCUGCAAAAGAAAUAUGCUAAACUAAAGAAAAAGAAAAAGGCACUGCUUGCCUUGAAGAAGCAGAGUUCAACCAACCAGACAAACCAGAGUGGCUUGAAACGGACAUUGUCGGACCAGCCCGUUGUUGACACUGCAACAGCAACAGAGCAAGCAAAGAUGCUUAUCAAGUCAGGUGCCAUCAGUGCCAUCAAAUCAGAGAACAAGAACUCAGGUUUUAAACGCUCUCGAAUGCUGGAGAUUAAACUCAAGGACCCUGAGAAAGGCCCAAUUCCUGCUUUCUUACCAUUCCAAAGGAGCGUCUCUACAGAUGAAGAACAACCUGAGUCUGGGAAGAGAGCCCAGAGGAAAUCUCUGUAUGAGAGCUUCGUCAGUUCAAGCGACCGAUACCGGGAUGAGGACGACGGAGGCAGCAUGUCAUCCAGCCGCGACAUGGACAGAGAGAGAGAGCGAGAACGAGAAAGAGACCGCGACCGAGAGCUUGACAGGGAGCGGGACAGAGACAGAGAGAGAGACCGGGAAAGGGAUAGAGACAGAGACAGAGGCAGGGAAAGAGAAAGAGAACGAGAUCGGGACCGAGAAAGAGACAGAGACCGGAGCAGAGAAAGAGAUCGAGACCGGGAAAGAGAAAGGGACCGGGACAGAGACAGAGAUGGACCAUUUAGACGGUCAGACUCAUACCCAGAGCGGAGAGGAGUGCGAAAGGGGAAUACAGUAUAUGUUUACGGCUCUGGGCUUGUCGAGGACAGCCUGCGCGCUGCCUUCUCUCAACAUGGAAACAUCAUCGACCUCUCCAUGGACAACCCACGCAAUUGUGCGUUUAUCACGUUUGAGAAGAUGGAGUCUGCAGACCAGGCUGUAGCUGAGCUGAAUGGAAGCACGGUGGGAGACAUUCACAUCAAAGUCAGCAUCGCCAGGAAGCAGCCCAUGCUGGACGCUGCCACCGGCAAAUCUGUGUGGGCGUCACUGGCUGUGCAGAACAGCACUAAAGGCUCCUACAGGGACAAGAGGAACCAAGUCGUGUACAGUGAAGAUUUCCUCUGAAGGAGAAGAAUGUUUUUGUAUUUUUGCAUAGAGCUUUUCAUGUUUUUGUUUUAAUCAACUGUUACCUGGCUGCAUAAGGUGUCUGUUUUGCAGGAUAAAUACAAAUCCUCUGUUGUCUUUUAUUUCA